AAGAUGGGGAAAGGACCGAACAUGAACACAUCUUUCCUACUCGGCGUGUGGUUUACGGCGUUUCUAUUUUUGCAUUCGGCGACUGCUUGGAAAGACUAUGAAGCAGUCAGCAUCAUUUCCUACACCAGAGUCACUAGUGGGGAUGCUGUAGAGCAAGGAGUAGUGGUCGUGGUGAACGAAGCUGUGUUUGCCUACUUUAAUGCAACUGAGGAAACCUUCCAACUCAGGCCUAGUGCCUCAGCAGGCUUCACUGUGCUUGAAGCGGCACAACGCAUGGGUUGUGUGCGUGAAGUCACCAAUGCUUUUAAACCCCAAAAGCACUAUCUAAAGAAGUUGACUGAUCAAACGUCUGGUGCAAAACCACCUAAAUUGAGUCCCUCAGUCAAUGUUUAUAGCCAGAUUCCAGCAAUACCAGGGGCGCCACAUUACCUUCACUGCCAUGCCACUGGCUUCUAUCCUGGAGAUAUUGAUAUCAGCUUUCUCCUCAAUGGACAACCCUUCCGUGGUCCUACAGAGAGCUCUGACUUGGUGUAUGGAGAGGACUGGACCUUCAGGGUGUUCAAAUACAUCAAAAUUGAGCCUCAUCCAACAGAGCAGUAUGCUUGUGUGGUCAACCACAGCAGUUUCACACAGCCUAAAACAAUUGUGUGGCGUCUGGAGGUAGUGUCCAAGACCACCGGAACAUCACCCCUGUUUGUAGGUGUGGUGGCUGCUGUAUGUGGAGGAGUACUGGGCUGCUUGCUGUCUGUCCUCAUGUGGAAGCACAUAAAUCGCUCCAAAUAACAACCAUGUGGACUCUUUUUCCACCUAUCCCAACUAUUAUUUUCUCACGCUGCUUUCUGCCUGUUAUGUAUUUACUCACACUGGCUGUUUGUAAUACUUGUUGUCUUUUUAUUAGAAUAACGUGAAAUAAAACCAAGUGAAUUGUG